AUGGGCUCAAUCGAAGAACCAACUUUCACCAUCUCGAAUCCAUUCCGGACUCGCAUUCUCAAUGGCGAGAUUACCCCACUCUUGUCCAUCAAGUACAUGGUGGGCAACGAGAUCGCCAUGAUGGCCAAAAUGGCCGGUUUCCACGCCGUCUUCAUCGAUAUGGAACAUUCAUCUCUUGACAUGCGCUCUGUGGCUCAACUCAUCCUAGCCUGCAACUACGUCGGAGUUUCACCCGUCGUCCGGUCUCCCUCCAAGUCCCAUUGGCACAUCAGUCGCAUUCUUGACGCAGGUGCUGCUGCCGUUGUCAUUCCCCACAUCGAGACUGUUCAAGAAGUUCGCGAUCUCGUCCAUCAUGCCAAGUACGCCCCGCUCGGUGCUCGUGGAUGCACGAAUAACCAGCCCGUGUUCAACUUCCAGCACGUUCCCACUCUCAAGCAAAACGCGGCUAUGAACACCCAGACCAUGCUCAUCCCUAUGAUUGAGACUCCUUGCGCUGUGGAUAUUGCCGAGGAUAUAUUCGCUAUUGACGGCGUUGAUGGGGUAUUGAUUGGCUCGAACGAUCUAUGCGCGGAUCUAGGUAUCCCCGGGAAGUAUGAUGACCAGCGCUACCUCGACUCAGUUACCAAGGCUAUCAAUGCAGCCAACAAGUUUGGAAAGCCCAUUGGUAUUGGAGGUAUUGGAGGACGACUUGAUCUUCUCGAGAAGUGGUUCUCCAUGGGGGCAACCUGGUCGUUGAGUGGUGCAGAUGGCGCCAUCCUCCAGAAUGGCAUGAAGAAGAUUGUGCAGAACUACCACGAGAUUAGCUCAAGGUUGGAGAAGACGACGAAGCAAUAG